CCAUUCCAAACCCUUUACUUUCUACGACAGCUAUCCCCUCUCUGUUUUCCUUACUCUCCAGCCAUGCAACGAGCUUUUCCUUUUAACCAAACAAAAACCUGGGACCCAAUGCCGCCGGAGGAGAUAACAAAGGCAGUAAUGGAGAAUCCGGUUGUGGUCGUGGGGAGACGAGGAUGCUGCUUGGUACAUGUAGUGAGGCGGCUGUUGCAGGGACAAGGCGUGAAUCCGACAGUGUGCGAAGUCGGCGAUGAGGAUAAUGAGGUGGCGGUGGGUGACUGCAGCGGGGAAGGUAAAGAGAAGCAGAAGCAGAAGUUGCCGGCGGUGUUUAUUGGGGGCAGGCUGGUGGGAGGUCUGGACCAGCUUAUGGCGGUCCAUAUCUCGGGCGAGCUCGUCCCUAUCUUAAGAAACGCUGGGGCCUUAUGGCUUUGAUUGGUUAACUUUGAUUUUUUUUUUUUUUAUGUAAUUACUUUGGAUUUUAAUGUUGUAUUUAUGAGUUAUGUUUGUAAAGUGUUUUAUUUAUUUUUACUUUGUGUAUUUGUAGUAUUUUGAUGAUAUACUUUAUCAUAGCUAGAAUUGGAAAUACUCUUUUGGUAUGAAUUAGACUACGUUUAUA